CCGCGCCUGUGUUGUGUCAACACAAACAGCCAGCGGUGAAGUUUGGACUCGUCCCUCUGAUGCUGUUCAGUGUUUGGCUCUGCAGAGCUGAAUGAGGUGCAGCUUCCUGUCAGUGCUGUUUUCUAAGUGCUGCUGCAGCCACGAUGGGCCAGCAGCUCUCAGGCCAGGCGGUGAUGACCCGUCUGCCUGAGAAGCUGGUCAAACACGUCGGACUGGUGCGUGACAGCGGCUACCUGACCUACGAGGAGUUUCUGGCGAGAGUGGCCGAACUCAACGAUGUGACGGCCAAACUGGCGACCGGGCAGCAGAAGCACCUGCUGUUUGAGGUGCAGCCAGGAUCUGAUGCCACGGCCUUGUGGAAGGUGGCUGUCAGGGUCCUCUGUACCAAGAUCAAUAAGGAGAACGGUAUGGUGGAGGCAUCACGCAUCAUGAACCUGUACCAGUUCAUCCAGCUGUACCGUGACAUCACCAGCCAGGCUGCGGAGGUGCUGUCUGCAGAGGGCGCCACCGAGGGCCCUUCUGCUCAGCUCCCCUCCACAGACUCCUGCCAGGCCAGCAUGUGGAUGGGCAGAGUGAAGCAGCUGACCGAUGAAGAGGAGUGCUGCAUCUGCAUGGACGGGAAGGCUGACCUCAUUCUGCCCUGUGCUCACAGCUUCUGUCAGAAGUGCAUUGAUAAAUGGAGCGGGCAGAGCCGGAACUGUCCGAUAUGUCGCCUGCAAGUGACCGCUGCCAACGAGUCGUGGGUAAUGUCUGAUUUCCCCACAGAGGACGACAUAGCUGGCUACAUCCUCAACUUGGCUGAUGAGGCGGGCCACCCACACAGGCCUUAACACAGACGGCACGCUGAGCCAGUUAGACGAGGAGAGAAAUCGACCCGCACCAAGUAGACUCUACACACUGCAACACAAAAUGUCACUUUCACUGAGGAGGAGAUUUUUCCUAAAAAGCUAACGAUGCAGAAGAAACCAGCAGAGUUUCCUGCUCGUUGUGUUCUCACACACAGGUUCAGAAAAUGAAACCUUGUCUCUUUUAAGUCCCAAAAAAACUCCCAGGAUGCUCUGUGUAACCCCAGUAACUGUAGAUGUGAAACUUCAUGGGAUCUGUGUGUCUGAAGAGAAAAUUCAGCAUCUGUAAUAUAAUAAAAUAAAUAAUAAAAUAUUAAUUUAACACACAGAGUAACAGAAAGUACACUGAAAGGUUUUGCAGUAAUAUUAGGGGUUAAUUUAACUUGAAGUCAGACACCUGUGUGUGCUGGGAUUAAUCAGGCACUUUAUGACAGGGAUCCAGAUCAGACUUCUGCACAGGUCUGAUUUUUAAGACCUGCUCCUGAACUGGCACCACGACGUGCAAUACUGUAUCUGCCACCUGUUGAUAUGACCCAUAAGGUCCUUAACACAACCUGACCCGUCAACACAAGAGCUGCAGCCCGACCCAAAAAACACAAAUCUUAUAAUAACCAUGCACUGUUUGGUCAGGCAGCACAAUUAAGACAUCGUUCUGGGAUCCUUCGUACAUGUGAAACUCAGAUAAUAUUCUUUAAUAUGAAGGUAAUCAAAUAAAUACAGUUUAAAGAAUAUUUUUUGCUUAUUCUGAUAAUAUUGAGCAGCACAUCUGCACAGUUAGUAACACACCUGAUUGAACUGAGCCUCAUUUUCCAGGUGGUGCAGCAGACGAGCCGACACACAGAGUCAGCAGUCAGAUGAAUAAAACAUUAAACAUUACAUGACAUUAUUUAAUUUUAAUGUAUUUAUCAUCCAACACCUGUAAUCCAACAGCUAUGGGGUUUUUUUUAUCCGCAACUGAACCUGGAAAUAAAACAACGCCGAAAUACCACCUGCACAUCACCUGUCUUUGCGGGUCACUUCCUGGCAGGUCCCCGACCUGACGCAGGACUCUGAUCCUGAUCCUGUCAUGUUGAUAUAAAUGGGACAGAAGCUGAGACAGAGGAGCUGAACCAAGGUCAGCCCUCGUAUUCAGAGAGGGUUUAAUAAGUUUGACUCAUAUAUUCAAAGUUUUAAAGAAUUUAAAUGAACAGUUCGACGUUUUGGUGAAACUACCCUGAUUCACUUUCUUGUUUGUACAGUAAAUAUGAAGCUGCGGUUAGCUUAGCUUAGCAUAAAGGCUGGAGAUGGGGGGAGCUGACUUGGCUUCAUCCAGUCAUGACAAAAUUCACACAUUAUAUGUUUGUUUGUGUACUUUGUCUUUGGAGUGGUUAUAGAGGCAGAUGUUAAGUGUAAAUUAGUGAUCUUGUCUUGCUUUGACAGAGCUGGGCUAACAAUUUCCUCCUGUUUCCAGUCUUUGUGCUAAGCUAAGCUAAGCUAACUGACUGACUGACUGACUGCUGGACUCAUAUUUACCAGACAGAAGUGAGAGUGGAGUCGAUCUUCUCGUCUACGCCUGGAAACAAACGCGUUUUCCCAAUACGUUGAACUUAAAGUGCAAAUCUAAGACACAGCGUUGCGUAAAACUGACCUUGUUCCCACCUGUAAUGCUGUUCUGUCGUCUGUGCAAUGUAAGCCUGCAUGUUUAUAUCCCACACGACACGCCGUCUGAGCCGUGUCAUGUGACCCUGUGAUGAGCUGACAUUCUGAUCCAGGUCAGACGCGACACAGUGACUGGUGAUGGUCUGUGAGUGAAGUGAACAGAACCAAAUAGUUUUAUAUGAUUUUAAAUGACUCGGCUUGCUGUUGUGUCUCUGUUGUUGGAAAUAACCACUAUUAGUCAUCUCUGUUUUUCUCAUCUUGUUUUACUUUGUACAUAUAUAUUUUUUAAUUUACCAUAAUUUUGUUAUGGUUAUUUUAAUCUGAUUGCUGUAUUAGUGUAGUUAGUGUAGUUUACACUCCCAGAACGACCAGUCGCGUCUUUGCUCUGCUCUGUCGUCAUGCCGACAGUUAAACACAGCUGAUUGAAUUAGGCAGCUUUUCAGUUACAAAUCUACUUUUGUAUAAUUAAAGCAACAUAGAAUUUCAAACCACACAUAGUUUUAUUUUAAAUAAGUAUUUCUUGCUGAGUUUCCAGGUCACAUAAAUCACAGGCAGCACUUUAAGAGAAACGAUGGUUGUGAUUGAUGAGGUCUGGAUUCACACUGAAGUAUUUAAAAAAUGUGAAAAUAUUCACCUUAAUUUUCAUUAGAGUGAUAAAUCUCUAUUUACUGAAAUCUAAUACAUUAAUUAAAGAUGUAAAGAUAUGGAACGAUAACUUAGUGUUUUGUUGUGACAUUCAGCGAGUUCAUCAGUUUUGCAUCAGAUCACAUUUAGAUAAUUUUACAUUUUCCUCCAAAUAAUGAGACGAUAUGAAACACAAUGAUUUACAUGAUAUAUGAUUAUUCAUUUUACAGAGCAGUCAUAGACAUUUGAUUUCUGUUUAUUUAACAGACCAUAAACGUGAAUUUUAAUUUGAUCAAAAGUCAUUUCUGGUUGUGACGCUGACAAAUCGCACUUUGAAACCUUGCCGUAGCUUUUUUGGUGUUCGAGCAUUUAACCUACAGAUGAUUUCAUCUCUGUGGUGAAAAUUAUUAUCAUAAACUGUAAAACUUAAACAGCAGCACUGCAAAGAAAUGAGCAGCAUUAAGAGACCUUUCUUUCUUCUUCAUUACUGCCUGGUCCAGUUAAAAAUGUAUAAAACAAAGUUGUAAUAUUAAAGAAUGAGAAUAUGUUCAGUAGAUUACUGUAAAGCUUCUGAUUCACAAAGUCGCUGUGUAAAUUUGCUGAAUGGAAGGAGGUGUAUUAAAGCUGAAUGGAUUCGUACUGUAUUCUCCUUAAUAAAGAGAUACUCACUUUUUGCACUUUA